ACACCCAACAAGAUCUUGCACACCUACUUGCUCAGACUUGUCAAGUACACAUUCAGUAUCACUGUUGACCAUUUGGAGAAGGAUAGAUCUCAAGACCUGCUUUCCCUCAUUGAAGCUUGCAUGAACUUGCUGCAAAAAGAAGGCUGGAACCUCCCAAAGCUCAAUGCCAAGUACAUCAUGGAACACCAGUGUGCUUUGAUUGGGAAGCACCUCAAGAUGCUUGUGCAAUGUAUGCCAUUUGUGCUAUGGGACAUGGUUGUGCCGGAGUUGCUCAAAGCAUGGGUGAUGAUUGGUCUCACAGGAGCCUUGCUGUGGCAGUACAACAUCAAGGUCAAGGAAGUUUACCUGGCUGAGCUCCAACAAGCUCUUACCUCACUGGUUCAUGCUAUAGCCCAUCUGGACCCAAUCAAGAUGAUAUCUAAGCCAAAGCUGCACAUAUUGCUGCAUGCUACAGAUGAUAUCCAAAGAUGUGGCCCAGCAGUUGGGUUCACAACUGAGCGAUACAAAUCAUAUAACUUGGUCUUCAGAACUUGCUCCGUCAAUAGUAACCAUCAAUCACCCAGCCCAAUAUAG